UCGUUCCCUCUUUUGUCCCCUCUUCAUCCCUCCCCCCCCCAUCCCCUCCUUUUUUAUUUCCUGCUUUUUGCAUUUCUAUUCAUCUAUCUCUCCAUCUCCCAUCAACCCCUCUUCCAACUCAAUCACCAACCCACGAUUCUCAGCAACCCGCGUCGCCCUGCUUCCAAGGACGGUCGCACCAUCUCAGAUACCACAGCGUAUCGAGACAAAUCCACGGCCUAGGCCGCGACUUAAUUUCCCACAGCAUCCCAUGACCCAUAUAGCCAUUCAAAUGACCAGCUACGUCCAGUCGAGUCAACAAGACACACUUUAAAUCCCACGGGAGCGUGCGUGCGUGCGAGCGAGUAGAGGAGCCAGGCGAUUUCAACUAUCAGUCUGAAGUAUUUUUCGGAGCAGUCGGCCGCCAACCAACCCCAGCCAAGCCAAGUCACCGUCGUUUUCGUCGUCGUCGUCGAUCGAUAUAAUAAAUCUUUAAUACAACGUAGUUAUUAUCAUCCAUCAGUCAACGCAUCCGAGCCCAACAACGCGACAAUCAGCCAAGAUGCCUGGCGCAAGCGUGGCCGUUCUUCCCACGUCCGCCUCAUCAACUCCGGUCGCCCGAAAGACCUCUCUCACUCAACCAGAGCGCAAAUAUAAGUGCCAGUUCUGCGCAAGGGCUUUCAGCAGAAGUGAACACCGCAGCAGACAUGAGCGGUCGCACACGAAAGAGCGUCCUUUCAAAUGCAUGAAGUGUCGCAGUACAUUUGUGCGGAGGGAUCUUCUUCUUCGACACGAUCGCACCGUCCACGCCAAAGACGGAGGUGUCCCUCUCCAUAGCGACGGAAAGCGUCGCGCUGGCGGUGCCAAAGCCCGAGCCAUCAACGGCCCUUCCAAGUCCAUCGCUCUGGACACAUCCACUCUGAGUGAGCAGAUAGAGGCUAGUAGCGAAGGAGUCUUCGACGUGGAGCACGCUGCUAUGCUGGUUGCCGACCUUCAUCACAAAGCUACAGCCGCUAUGCGAGACAACGACGCCGCAAGCCCAUACACGCCAAGCCCAACUACGACCUACCCUACGAGCGGUGCGCCGUUGAUGGAUCCCGCCGUCUACCCACCUGGCAAUGCUCCCCUUCCCCAGAACGUUCCUUGGGAUGCAUUCAUGGCGCAGUCUGUUGCUGAAGUCAAGGCUCAAUCAGCUGCUUCUUCUGGCUCUGGUGGUGGUUCUCGCACGUUUGAGUCACAGCAGUCCUUUGCUAGUGUGAGUACAGCCCAUGUACAUGCCAUUCCCUUGCCAGCUUCUACUGAAUACAAAUACAAUGGUCUCUUAACUGCCUUGCAAUCCAUGAUCAACACACUUGACCCUACCAGUAUUGGCAUUUCCGCUUCUAGCAAACCUCCCACAUCUAGUUGUCGGAUAUCGCAAGCUGACCAAGACCAGGCCUCGGCUGGAUUCAAAGCUCCUCAGGUCCUCAAUGAUGAAGAGCGCAAUAUGAUAUUAGACAACAUUCGGGCUCAUGACAGCGAGCACGCCAUCCCGGAAGGGUUCCAUGUUCCUAAUCUGGGCUCGAUGAAUCGGUAUCUAGCGACUUACUUCGGACUAUUCCAUCAUCACCUCCCUUUUCUGCAUCCCUCUUCCUUCAACGUGACUCAAGUCUCGCCAGCUAUUCUCCUUGCUGUAUUAUCCAUCGGUGCGCUAUAUGCAUUCGACCAAGAUCAGGCAUACAUGCUGCAUAUUGGAUCCAAGGUCUUGGUGAAUCAAUUUCUGCAAAACAAGGAGAACUUCAGCUCUCGAAAAUGUCCUUUAUGGACGAUGCAGAGCUCGCUGUUGAACAUGAUCUUUGCUAGCUGGAGUGGUGAUCCGAAAGGUCUCGAGUGGGCUUGCUCUAUCAAGAGUCUGCUUGCCAAUAUGGUUGCGGGCAACCGUUACGAGUUGAAGCUACGCCAGGAUGCUCGUGACGGCGCUCUCCCAUCCCGCUCUGAAUGGGUAGAAGAUGAAGGCUGCCGUAGGACUUACUAUGCUGUGUACAUUUUCUUUGGGCUGCUGACGUUGACCUACAACCACACCCCUGCCAUUAGCUUCAACGAAUUUGAAGAUUUGCAGCUGCCAUCAUCGGAGGCGCUCUGGAACUCGAAAGUGACCGACGACCAAGCCUGGUACGAACAGUUAAAGGCGUCUCCUGGAAUUACCUUUAUGGUUGCUCAUGAUCAUCUCUUUCAGGGUGAAACAUUGAAGUACAGUGCCUUCGCAACGCGCGUUAUGAUCAACACGUUGUUCCUCGAGGUGUGGUACCAGAAGCGCAGCCCCGAGGCUCUACAAGAUGUGGUCACUGAGUAUAAGCUUCGGCUUGCUUUGGAGACGUGGGAGAAAUCUCUUGAUCUUUGUGAGCCUGAGGCUGACGCCGUUCCCCUGAGUGCACCUCACAAGGGCCAUCCGUUGAUCUUUAACGCACAAGCCAUGUACCGCAAUGCUCGUGCGCGCCUUGAAGUUGAUCUCAAAGGUGUGCAAGAAGCACUCCGAUACCACGAUCACUAUGAGGUCGCUGCGGCGAUGUCUAAGGCUCGUGAUCGCGUCAAGCGAUCUAGCGAGAUGAUCAAAGUUAUCCAAGAGUGCUACAACUGCAUUGAAACCGCCGUUCGUCAGGGCGUACGCUGGGUCGCCCGCACAUCACCCACCAACUGGAGCAUUGAGCACCCCCUCUGCGGCAUGGACCUCAUGAUCACGCUCACCUUGUGGCUCUACCGUCUGGAACAUGACGAAGAGCCUGCUACCGAGGAAGAGAUGGCCAUGUACCACAAGGUUCGAUUGCUGUUUGAGAAGGAGUCCGAGGGUACGCUGACCUCGCCGCAGCUCAGUGGCACCGUCGCUCACCUUUGGGGCUCCAUGCUCGAUGAGGUGGUAGUCUGGGGUAUCACGAGGCUCAUGGGUGAAUCCUUCCGUCUACACACGCAGGCACUUAACGGUUACGUGGAUGACGUAGAAGCAUCUUCUAACGUCUCGACGCCGUCAAUGAUUUCGCAGGGGGCAGAUGAAGAGAGCUUGUAUUAGUAUGAUGAGACCCACGAUUUUCUUUUUGUUUGGUUGUUUUUCCUUGAAAACCCACGGAUGGGGAAGGUUUAAUUCUGCGCAUAUACCUGGUCGU